AUGGAUCCCAACUGGAUUGACGCCAUCGACCCGGCAUUACGCCAGAGAAGACCAAGCACUGCUCCCCCCUCCUGUGACGAAGAAAUGCCCGCUCUCCUUGAACUGCCAGAUUCUCAUGAACGAAGCCGAGCGAUGUCCGCCGUUACAUGGCCCACGAACGAAAUACCGGUUGAGAUUUUUGAGAUCAUAAUUUCGUACCUCACCCGCCUCGAGGUCAGAUGUUUGCGACUUGUCUGUAAAGAAUUUGAGAACAAGGUUUCUGCACAGUACUUUCGAAAUGUUGUCGUGCCCUUCAAGUCAGAGCUCUACAGCAAGUUGGAUCGUGAUGAAAACGGAGUCUUUAAGCGCACAUCCUCCGCUCUUCUCUCAAAUGGGAUGCGCAUCUUCCAGUCUUUUGGUCCACACAUCCGGCGCUUUGCGCUGUCUUUGGAGCUUGACGAGGACACGCUUUCAUACCCUCCAGUGAAGCCUUCGCAAGAAGCCGUCCCCUCUUUCUGGGGCAUAUACCGCUGGCCACAUGGCACUUACCACCGAUACACUGAUCUUGAAGGUCUCGAACAAACGGCUGACGAAACUGAGGCUAUGAAGGAAGCGCUGAAGUGCUUGGUCAAAGUCACAAAUCUUGGACUCUGUUGUGAUGCUGGCCUCGGAUUUCUGUCGGGCCCUGAUCAUAUCGCACGAGGUGCAACCACUCUCCAUCCCGUGUUUGCAACGCAGAAUUGGCGUCACACGGGUUCUGAGUCACAAGCUCGGAAGCAACCAAUCGUCACCAUGUCAGACCUGAAUGAAAUGGUCAAGGAUUUCAGAAAGCCUGUGUUUGAGAACCCCAUUAGUUUCAAGCGAACAGUGCUGCAAAAAAUGGCCUCAGAUGCUGGGUACUCAGGCGCCCAGAUCAACGAAGCUGUGCUUAUGUUGUUGGAGACUGAGGGCACCAACAUCAACGCGAUUGACUUUGAUGAGAGAGCAACCAUAAUCACUGAGAUGGAAGCUAGACGAGUAAUGGCACAAAACGCACAUCGUGCUGACUUUGAACCAGCCACCGCAGAGGCGGUCAACCAUCCGCUGAUUCCCGCCAGUCUCACAAGAGCACAGAAGGAAAUGCUCCUCGAGCUCGAGUGGGCGCAUCGCGCCAUGAUUCAGUCCUAUGUCAUUGGCCUUAUCGACAAUGCCCGAGACAACUGCUUCAAAAAUCUUACUACCGUCACGAUUGCCAAGAUCCCCAGUAGCCAUGUAUAUAUCCUUUGUCGACACGAGCUAUGGCAGAAUCUAUCGUCUCUCACCAAUGUUUCGCUAGGUGUUAUUGCCGACUGGCGACGCGUUUCCAAGUCUGCACCGGGCUGUGUAGAAGAUGAUACAGUUUCUCCCGUCGAGGCUGUUGGUAAGGUUUAUCAACUGCUUAACAAUUACAUUGGGGCUCAGCCACACAUUGAAAGCCUUCACUUUGAAUGGAUCUGUGGUGGAGAGUUUGCUCCUGGAACAUAUCAGCGGAACCACCACAUACUCCCAGCACCGUUCUUUGAACAACCUCAACUCAUGACUCGCAUUGAUAGCCCCAGGACUAAUACGGACGAUCUCUUGUCAUUGCCGUUUAUUAAGCAUUUGUCACUCAAGAACUGCUGGGCCUCACCGCAUGUCCUUUUGCAAACAAUACGCAAUAUGGCUCUGUCCACACUCGAGAAGCUUGACCUGGAAUCGGUAUCACUCUCCGGUCCACCGACUCUCACUCCCCAAGCUCCGCUCCAGCAAGCUGGCGCAGCAAACAAUGCUCAUCUGCUGAAUAUGAUCGGGAUGCACCCUGCACCUCCUGGUGUGCUGGUACCUCCGCCUACCAAUAUAGCAAAUGGGGUUGUUGCACCAUUCCCAUUAAACGCGACGGCUCAGCAGCUUGCAGGAGUAUUUGGAGCGGCUUUCAUGCCACCGCCACCACCCAACAAUCAGGCCCCCCUGCCGCCCCCUCCACCUGCACCUGCACCUAUGGAUAUCUUACAGCAACCAGAUGUAUUGUCUUGGGCAGGCAUCAUAGAGCAUUUCUCCCCAAGCAUCAAGAUCAGAGACAUUUUGAGUGCCAGAGACGAGCUGAAUCUGAAUAUCUCGAGCCAACCAGCCUCGGACCAGGCAGAACCUCUAGCGCAGCACAUCCCUGCGCCGCAGCGCCUACGCUCAGACGAGAAGAAGUAUACUCUGAAGUGCCUCUCCUUCAAGUCCUGUGGGUAUGUUACAGUCGAUUCACCGGCUUUAAAUACUCGGAGUAUCUUGCCGCAUGGCGCUCAAGGCCUUGGGGCCAAUGGGAACCCGCACAUUCAAGAUUUAUCGCCUCUGAUGCAGAAGUGCCGGGACAAGCUUCUCUGCCGGAUCGUUCCUUGCUUAAGGAACCAGGAGCUACUGCAGCUUACAGCUGCUUUUGGGAUGGACAUGGGAUGGGCCAAUGUAUAUGAUGAGCGUACAAUUUACGACGCGAGAGCUGAUGGUGUUGAGAUACCUGGAAAAGGUCGAUUUUCGGGUACAGUCGAUGCUGCCAGUGUUGCAGGGGCACGAGAUGGCGAGGCCAUACUGAGCCUGGAUUUCUAG